UAUAUUCACAUUAAUUGAACGAGAUACAAUAUUCAUUCAAAUGAAUUUUAAUUUUCUUCGCGAGUUUUAUCUUUAAUUUCCAUUAAUGGCGGUCCCAUUUCAUUAGAAACUGCAAUUUCGUUUCUCACCUCGUCAAUCAUUUUCGAAUUAAGGAUAUAAACUUACGAGACGACACAUUGGAUGAAACAUCCAUCAAGGAUAAAAUACAACCAAGAGGCAUUUGCCAUCAACAUUGUACAAUUUAAUCUAAUAAUACCCGACACUAACAACUACUCGAAAAUGUAGUGGAAAAUUGAUGAAAACAAAUUCAGCUCACGAACAAAGUCCCUUGAGGUCACUCGAAUGUCAUUCUACUUCAUAAUUAAUUUCGUAAAAACUUGCUAUAAAAACAGAAAGAAACGAAAGCCUAACGCAUCCCAAACGAUGUCAUUGAUCAAUUUCGAUCAAUCCUUUAGAAUGAUGAAAAAUAAUAUAACGAUGAUCAAGCACUGCUAAAAAAAGAAGAAAGAAAAAAAAUAUCGUUCGUACGUCAGCUGAAUAAUAACCUUAAUAAUUAAAAUUUAUACAAACGAAAAUUUCACUGGGGGGGCGAAAAAGGGGGAGCAAGUAUUCUCCUUCUAUAAUUUGUUUGCCUAUUAUAAAAAGGGGUUGCCUCGGAGAAACACACCGCACUACAGAGAGAGUAUGCAGACGCGUAUAAAUACGAACGUGGGCGGCCAUUCGAGAGGAUACGCGCGCCAUAGUUGUUUCCACCGUCUAUUUUCGACGAGAACAGGAAGAGCCGUCUCUUUUCCACGGUUAUCGUGCGCCACGCGCAUGCCCCUUUCGAACGUCGGUGUUCGAAGCCUGGCCGUGUGUCGUUGUAUUCGUUGUAAAUACCGAAUGCCGAAUGCUCGCUACCGAAAAUAAUCACGCGAGGACGUUGCUGCGAUUUCGGACCGCUUCUUCUUCCGCGGCCCUCCCGACACAGCCAAAAAAUGCAUUCCCAACGUGAACCUUCGAGAUAUUCGCGCUAGAGAGUUAAUUCCAUCGCCCUCCCGUUAUUAUAUAUCAUUCCCCACGGGAAACAAUACAAAACUGAUUCCGUUCGAUGUAAAAUAUCGAUCGCGGUGCGCGCGUGUUUAGAUCGACAAAAAAUGAAGGAUCCGUCGAGCGAUCUUUCCAUGCGAAAAUAUACGUGAAAAAGAGAGUGGAAAAAUGUAGAAAAAAUGAUUCACUUGGAUCCUUCGAUUUAGUGAGUUCAAGUUCGGUUCUUAACGUGUCGUAAAGAGAUGUAGAUGUAAUAGUAUUUCGGAAUUGUGUAAUUUGUUGCACGAAAGUUAUUAUGGUGAUAUCUUUACGAUGAUGAUUUAGUGAUGUGUUAAAUAUUUAAAAAUAAAAUAUAACGGGGAGAGAGGUGUAUUUAAUAUCGUUCUUUUCAGAUUCUAUACAUUUCCACGAGGAUUGUGCGUUUGAUUUAAAAAUAAAUACGAAAUAGAUUCGAACAAGCCUCGUUACACAGUAUUACAUCUCUCAGCGUUUCCUCCCAAUUCUCUACGAAAAUAUCCCUAUUUACGAACAUUCUCAGCGAAUAAAUUCACUUUACGAAGGUAAAAUCGUAAAGAUAUAAUUCUCAUCCUCGGAGAAAAGAGAAACACUGUGUGUUGGGAAACACUGAAAAAUCACAUGUUUACACGCGAAUGUAUUAAAUUUUGGCGCGGAGGGUGGCUAAACCGGUAUCUAAAUCCGCGAAAGGGAAAGAAGAAUGUACUCUAAAAUUAAACUCCCCCCGAUAUAUUUAGAGCAUCGAUAACACAAUCGAGUGAGAAAAAAAAGAAAAUCACUUCGAGAGAAAAAUAAAACCAGAUGGCUGAGAAUGAGAAAUUCGGCGAUCAAGCGUUUGGGCAUGAGAGGAACGGGACUCGUGGAUCGUGCCGCAGCAACAGCGAACAAAGAUCGCAACCGAGGCCCAGCGCUAGGCCACGCAAAGUGGACGAGGGCGAGUUGCCCGCGCCACCGCCGGAUCCGUGGUCCAAUCUGUGGCCCAGCCUGCACAAUUCUCGCGACCAGCAGGUGGAUGCGGGGAGGAACAGUCGGAGCCUGGACGAGGACGAGGACAUGAUCGCCUACCUGACCGACGAUCUCGGCUCCCUGCCGCCGUUCGAGGGGCGGAGGACCCCGUCCGGUUGCCCGUCGAGAAAUUCUGCCGCGUCCGCGAUGGCUAUUUCAAGCGUUUACGCGGAAGACGCUUUCGAGCAUUUGGACCGGCUGUACGCGUUCGUGGACCAGAUUCUCGAGCUCAGGGAUCGAAACGCCAAGUUUUUCAAACGCGUGAGGAAUCUGGAACGGUUGAAGGUGUUGAGGGACGCGAACCAAAAAUUGGAAUACGCUUUCGCGCGCGGGAACGGGGCUGCGACGGCGGGGGGCGCGGGACAGGAGGAGGACACCGGCUUCGCCGAGUCGUUGCUCGACGCUAUGCUGUCCAAUUGCAGGGAUUCCCCGUUCCAGAGGAGGGGGGCGAGGUCUGGGCCGAGGCAGGCGGCGAGGAACAACAAAUUGGAUAUCGACGCGAAGCAGACGUCGGUGGACGAAAUUUCUGGAACCGCGCCCAAGGUCUCCAAAUGGACGAGAGUUAAGGCCGCGUUCAAGUGGGAAAGGGCUUACACGAACGACACCGAGAACACGGACUCGGCCACGGCCCCCCCCUCCUCCUCGCUGCCCCCGGCCAAUAGGCAGAGCCACAGGAGUCACGAUGUUGACGCUAGGGAAUCGAGCAACACCGCAACUUCGUCGCCUGUUAACGAGAAUUGCAACGUGGGAACGCCCGUCCCCCGAACCUCCUCGCCCUCCUCGUCCAACGAUGGAUUUUACGAUUGUCAGAAAGCUGGAACGAAUCAAAUGGAUUGCCAAUCUUUGAAGAGAAAAUCUAAUAAAAAAGCGGACUUUGGAAAUUGGCAUAGCGAAUCCCUCGAUGAUAAUAUUCUUAUGGAUACUUUGCAACCCCACGAGACAGGAGUAACAAACGAGGCAAGCCAGCAAGGGAAGCCUUUAAUACGAAUCACAUCGGACAAGGGUGACGCGGGAAAAAUGGACGAGAAGGAUGUGGAAUCGAUCUCGAAGAGAUCAACCCCGACAUUAACGAUUGCGAUACCUUCGCACGAGGAGGACAUAAGAUACGCGUCGUCUCCGGAAUCGAGCUCGCCGCUCUUUUUCAACGCGAACGCCUCUGCCGGAAAUUCUCCACAACACAGGAAGACGUAUCGAGACCAAUCUGCGAAGAACGAUUUUAAACGACAGCAAUCGUACGGUGGAGAAACAUUGAUGUCGAAGAUGCAGAGGCAAGACUCGAAAUGGAACAAGGUGAGGCGAGCAUUUCUAACGAAUUCAACCCCAAACGUGCCAUCGAACCUCAACGUGCCCAGACAGACGCUCUUUCAAGAUGGUUUCGAAACUUCGAUAAGCAGCAAUUACGACAGCGUGGAAAAUAUGGAGAAAACGACACCUUCCAAUACACCGUCGCAGGACGCGAGACAAGAUUACCGCGCCCUCAGAGAGAAACUGGGAACCGAGUUCCAUCAAAAGUUGAUCGAGUGGGAGCGUUUAAAAAAUUUUCCACCCCGAGUUUCCAUUUCCACGGGGAAAGAGACCUCCUCGAAUUUACCGAGCCCUCGAGAAAGCUUGCUUUCGGAAGAAAGAUUGGCACCCGAGUUCAGGAAGAAAUUGCAAGACUGGAAACGCGCCAAAAAAAUACGAAGAGGAAGUGCCCCGUUUGUGCUGCAACAGAGGCUGAAUCGACGUCGUUUAACGGAUUGGCAACUUUGGAGAUCUCCUUUGAAAACCGAAUUCAGGAAUAAAGAAAUAUUUAGUUUCGCUGUUGGUGAGAGCGGAGAGAUCGUGAACGAUGGGAGGACGCAAGUUUGUGAGGAUUACCCGAAAAAAAUGGAAUCUUGGAAGAGAACGAACGAGAGUAAUUGCGAUGCGAAAACACGAGCCAAGUCGCAUCAACUUGGGAUUGCGUCUGGAAUCGACGAAAGCGAGUUUCUCGCUUUGGAAAGAUUAUUGUCGCUUUUUAACAAUAAUACGAGUAAAGAACGACGAGACAGUGAUGUUCAACAAUUGGACGAGUGCUUCGAUGGAGAUUCAAGAUCGUAUGCCGAUGGGACACAAAAUUUAAAUGACACGAACGAAGUUUUCGUUCGGACAUCUGUCGGAUCUUACCGGUUCGAAGGUAUUUCGCGAGAAUUCACGAGAAAACUGUACGACUGGGAACAAUAUCGUGGAAUAUCACCGACAUCUUCGACUUUCCGCCUUUUAGGACCUUCUUACGUGCCAUUCUUAAGGCAGACAACUAUGGAAACAUCGACGGAUAAUUCACCGAUAACAAAAGUUGGAAGCGACGAACCGAUAUCGUUCAAAGUCUGCUCUCUGAAGAGGUCGAAAUCUGUUGGCAAUGUGAUCGAGCAAAACGAUCGAAAUGAACUUUUCAUGCGUCGUUCGAACAGUCUGCAAUCAUUGGAUCAUCUCACGAACAGGUUAAAAAGCGCUGAUCGCAUAGAUGCUUUACAAGAAUCAAUCGAUCCUCAGAGACCGGAAGAGGACAUAGUCGAAGACAUAAUGGACGAUUCGGAGCCGGAAGCGAUGAUCGUCGACAUCGAAGACGUGAUAGAAGAAACUGCGAGCCCCCUGGAAAGGGUGCAACCACACCAAACACCCGUGUACUCGGUUGCAGCGAGCGAGACGACGAGCAUCGCGGUACCGUUGGGAACUGUCACAUCCAGUCACGAACCAUCGCCGGUAUUCUUGAUAGAAAUAGAGGAGAAUUCGGAUUCGAAACGGUGGGAGUCGAAAAAGUGGAAUCGAAGGAAAAGCGUCUCGAGCGAGGACAGUUUGAGCCUGGAACAAUCCGAAAUGGCGAAGUCUUGGGACAACGAGAGGAAUUCUUCGAGUAACGUGGAUUCGGAGCAUUGGUCCUCUGCAAGCUCGUGGAGCAAGAGGGAAACGUUCGAUGCGAAGGAGAACGUUGAUAAUUCGGAUCGAGAGUUGGAUAAGGAUUCAGUGAAAUCGAACAGCUCGAUUUACUCGACCGAUGUCGAUACAGAAUUUAACGUUGUAAACGAAGGGAAGGAGCAGAAUCAGGUUAAUUUCGAGAGAGAAGAUGUUUCUGUAACAUUACCUGAAAAGAAAGAUGCACUUGAAAGAAAUCUGAAGGAGUCUGAUGCACAAUCAAAAGUAGCGACCUGUCGAUACAAUCAGGAGUUAUCGAUUGAGAAGGAACAGGAAUACGAUUACCAACAGAUAGAAAAGGAUGAGAACAUCAAUGAUGAAAAAAAUCUUGUCGAAAGUUCGAAAUCCAACGAGUAUGAAGAAAUAAUCGUGACCAGUUCUUUUACGAAUUUGCAAUCAAUGGAAAAUUAUAACGAUGAAACGGCUAAGAAUUUAUUAAAAACAUCGAUUAAUUGUAAAUUAGAGCAAAGCAAAUUUGCAACGCGUAACGUAGAUCGUUUCUAUACUGAUCAAGAUCAAAAAAAUUCCAAGAAAGCUGAAGAAACUUAUACCGUAAUCAGGGAUGAAUUACUCGACACCGCUCAUCGAGGCUUAUCCAAAAUAGACACGAAUCGUUAUGACUCAAGCAAACCGUGCACCAAUUAUCCAAUCUACGAAAAGGAAAACGAUCGUUUCAAAGAAACAACGAGAAGUUCACAAUCCGUCGAGAGAAAGAAAUGGCAAGAAUAUCGUAACAACACGGAAACUGCUUCGUCUUCCUUAUUAUCGAAUCCCUCCUCGUUCGAACGUCAUCGUGAGCCAACUAUUCAAACAACCGCUUACACGGUGGCGCCAUCUCGCGACCAACGCUGCUUCGAGAGAAUCGUCAUCAACGAAGAAACACUGAACAAAAUAGUCGUACCGACGGCAACGGGCUGCGUGGAGAAAGCAAACAUCUCGAGGUUGCCGAUAGAGCGAGCACCAAUCGAGGAUUCGACGGACGAAUAUCGAUCGAGCAACGAUCGUGACGUUCCAGUCAGUCGAGAAACGAGUGCUAAAAAGCAAAUCUCCAAUUCACCGACUCGAAACGUUUUCAUCAGGACGAAGCGUAUAAUAUUCUCUCCGUUCCGACGUUCGGAAGAGCACUCGUCUGGUAAAAAGGAGAACAACGGUAGCGAGGAUGAUCGCGUGUUUCCUACGAAGAGCAAAAGCAAAUCGAGGUCGGGAUCGCCUAAAGUGAACCGACAAGACGCCCUCUUGAGGAUGUCUCUUUCGUUACCGUGGCCCCUUCGCCCAUCCUCGAAGGAUCGCGAGACGAAGGAAUCGAAAAUCGAAGAGGAACGAGCUCCCGUCAAACAGAAACAAAACUUCAAACGGUGCAAGUCUGUGGAAAGCUCUAGGAAAUCGUCCGUCGGCGAAAACACGUUCCAAACGAGGCGAGAUAGAGACUCGUCGUCGAUCGAAUUUAAACGUUCUACGAACGAGAAUAACGUCGAGAGAGGGAGUGUCUCGGUACAAACGAACGUUGCAAAUGAACGAGAAAAUCGAGCUUCCUUUAGAGUCAGCUUGCCCAGCUUAAAAACCGAAGAGAAAAGGAAAGAAAAUUCUUCUUCCUCCCCCUCCUCCUCCUCCUCCUCCUCUUCCUCCUCCUCUUCCUCCUCGUCUUCCUCGAGAUUCGACCCACAAUCCUCGGAUCUUAUACACAAAUUGACGAUUCUGUCGAACGCAGUGGCCAAACGAGACGGCAGAACCAACGCAAUCUCCGAACAAUCGUCCGUGGUCGAAUCGCACUCGUUGAGAGUGAGACGAGCGAAAGAGGAUUUCUUGUCUCGUCGAGGUGGCCCGCUUUGCCAUUCGGCGUUGGAGCCUCCGUCCGUGAAACGCGACGAUUCUCCAAGAACGUUCGUCCAUUUCUACGAGCAGAUCUCGGAAAAUCAAGAAAGAGUGGGGAGCGGGAAGCAGACGUCGAGUGUAAAUUGUGCCUCGAAUUCGUUGUUAGACGCGUCGAAUGAGAAAGAAGGACAGCAACAGGAGUUGGCAGCGAAAGAGAAGAGGAUGGAACAUUUUCUGAACGAUUACAACGAGUUGUCGAACGGGUCUCGACCCGAUCGUGUUAAAUCUGCCAGCGCCGGUAUGAUAAACGUGGAUCCGGACACGUUCGUGCGUUUGACCGAAACCAGCCGUGGAUGCGAGUCCCUUCCAAGAUCGAUCUCGAAGCAGCCUCAGCCGUUGGGAUCGCUCGCGAAGAUCGUCAAUAAAUUAAAGUUCGCGAGAUUGAUACGUGGCAAAGAUGCUCAGGAGGAGAAUAUGAGCACGAUCUCGAAAUUGUGCAGGCAGAGUUUGUUGAUCGACGUUAGAAACGACUUUGACAAGUGUUGGGAGUCGGACGAUCGUGAGAAGGUUCCUAGAGCGGGUAGCGUUGAGAAAAAUAAGAGAAACGAAUGAUUGUGAUUUUUGAAUUGCAGUGAGACUUCCAGUAUUCGAGUUAGUAAUUAUAUGUGUAUAUUUUAAUCAUCAUAUUUUUUUUUGUCGUUGUAAAUCGAUGUGUUGAUUUUAUAUCGUAAAUAACGAUAAGACAUACUUGCAAUUUUUACGCCUCCAUCGUUUUUCCUAUCGAGAGGAUUGUAAAAUAAUUUUUGGAGAAUUGAAUCGUGAAAUUAUUUGCGUGAGAAAUUUUAUAAUUUUUCCGAUAUUGAAAAAUAAAAUAUUUUAUUAUUAUCUUAUGUCUCGAAAAAAUCGAAAAUUAUCCUAUAGUAUUCUUCGUUGUUAUAUAUACAAAAUAAUUAGAAAUAUAUAGAAAAUAGGAGAUAAAUGUUUGAAUAAUGGAGGUUCUACUGUAUCGAGUAUAAGUAGUAAUUGUUGUUAGAAAAAAAAGAUUUUAAUAAUUUUUUUUAACAAUUAAUUAGACCAACGAACAUGAGAAAGAAAAAAUAAUUCUUAAAGAUAUUUGUGCGUACAUA